AGGCCUUCCAGAAGUUAGUCAAACUGAACUUUUCAAGAGCUCAGUAGCGUCAAAAGUGAAAUCCGUCCGAGUUUGCACGUGCUGAGUCCGGGCAUGGCUUGCAAAGAACAAAUCCAGAGUUUGACAGAAGAGACAACUUGUUCUAUUUGUCUCGAUUUCUUCACUGACCCUGUAACGCUGCAAUGUACACACAACUUCUGUCGCUCCUGUGUCGAUGAGUGUUGGGAGAAGGAUCGGUACUUUUGCCCGGAGUGUAGACACGAGUUUCCGGGCAAGAGAUUCAGGAUCAAUCGAGCAUUAGCGAAUCUGGCCGAGAAACUGCGAAAAUUGAACCUGGCAAUACAGGAGCAAGAAAGCAAAAUUCACUGUGAGAAACAUCAGGAAGAAUUGAAACUGUUUUGUGACACUGACCAGAAAUUGAUCUGCGUGAAUUGCGUCGUUGAUUUAGAACACAGAGGCCACAGCUUCCUACCACUUAAAGAAGCUGUUGAAGUCUACAAGGUCAAGCUGAAAUCCUCCUUAGAAGAUCUCACAGAGAAGAAAUUGGCUGUCUUGGAUACGGAGAAUGUUCAGAAACGGAAGAUUUCCGAAGUGAGGAAACAGGCGAGCAGUCUGCGGACCCGCAUCACAUCCGAGUUCACUAAAAUGCACCAGAUUGUCACUGAGAAAGAGCAACGUUUACUCAGAGAUCUCAGGGAAGAAGAGGAGAGGAUUGUAGAACCAAUGGAGAAAAACCUUCGAGAGAUUCAGGAGAAAUUAAAUUCUAUUGAGGUGGAACUCUCAAAAUUGCAGGAACAGAUGGAGCAAAAAGACGCGUUGAUGUUUCUGAAGGAAGAAAAUUACCAGUCGACAAGAUGCAGUGAUGACCAUGUCACAUUCUCCGAGGCAGUUGGCUCUCUGUCUAUUGAAAAGUUUAAUGGUCCUUUACAGUACACAGUAUGGAGAGAAAUGAUAGACAACAUUCAUCCUGCCCCAGCCUCUCUGACUCUGGAUCCGAACACAGCGAAUGCCAUGCUUAUCCUUUCAGAGGAUCUAACCAGUGUGAGAUUCGCCGACAGCGCACAAUCACUUCCGGACACGCCUGAGCGAUUUGACUUCAUGCUCUUUGUCUUGGGUUCAGAGGGAUUCACAUCUGGAAGGUAUUACUGGGAACUGGAGGUGGGGGAGAAGACUGAAUGGAUUGUGGGAGUGGUCCGAGAGUCUGUGGACAGGAAAGAAGGAUUCAACAUGAGCCCUGAAUCUGGUUACUGGACUGUGGGGCUGGAUCCUAGAAGCGGCUAUUUUGUUGUCACUUCCCCCUCUGAGAUUCCUAUCUCGCUGAGUGUGAGACCCCGAAAGAUCGGUAUCUACCUGGACUAUGAGAGUGGACAAAUAUCAUUUUACAAUGCAGGCAACAUGUCCCAUAUCCACACUUUCUCCCAAGCUUUCACUGAGAGAAUCUUUCCGUUCUUCUACCCGGGAGUCAAUAAUAAUGGAAAAAAUUCCGCACCUCUGACAAUCUGCCAAUUUAAAGAUCACUAAUAAAAUUCAGUCCAUCUGCACCGAAUCUCCGUUUCCUUCCAAUUGUAAACUUAUCCGCGUCAGUCACAGAUAGAGAGGAAAUUCCGUUAUCGCUGAAGGUAAAAACAUGUAAAUCCGAAAUGGAGACUGUAAGAUCAGCAAGGAAC